AUUACUACCCAUUUCUCAAAGCCCUCUAUAAAUUCAUACCCAUAACCCAUAUAUCUCCCACUCAACCAAUCAUCCACUCUAAGACCACUUUUUCCUGCCCUAUAGCUAUGGCUAAAGUUUCCCAUCUUUGCCUACUGUUCUCUUUCAUAUACUUCGCCGGCACAGCCAAAUCUGCAGCCACUUCUAGCGCCGGUGCCGCCGUCAAUUUCAUCAAGGUUUCAUGCAGCGCCACCAGCUAUCCCUCCCUCUGCGUGCAAUCUCUCUCCUCCCACGCGGCAGAAAUCAAGCAGAGCCCACGCCAGCUGGCGCAGACCGCCUUGUCCGUGAGCAUCGCAAGGGCACAGUCCACCAACACAUUCGUCUCAAAAAUGGCAAAAUUCAAGGGGCUUAAGGCUAGGGAGUACGCGGCUAUUAAGGAUUGCUUGGAUCAGAUGGGCGACAGCGUGGACCGGCUCAGCCGGUCCUUUCAGGAGCUGAAGCACAUUGGUCAGGCCAAGGGUCAGGACUUUCUGUGGCACAUGAGUAACGUGCAGACUUGGGUCAGCGCAGCGCUGACCGACGAGAACACUUGCGUUGAUGGGUUCGCCGGCCGGGCGUUGGACGGCAAAGUCAAGGCUUCCAUCAAGGCACGGGUUGUUAAUGUUGCCCAGGUCACCAGUAAUGCGCUGGCACUAACCAAUCGCUAUGCCUCAAAGCACUGAGCCACUUUCAACGUGAAGUACUUUUUGUAGGGUUGUUGGUUAUGGUUUAGCCUUUUUUUUUUUUUUUUAUGUAUAUUUCAGUGAAUGUUGUGGCUUGUAUUAUGGCAUAAAAUAUAUAUAGAACUGCUUCUGUAUC